GCCGUUAAACCCCACAGAAGAAGAAGUCUGCAGGUUUAGCCACAUUAGAAGAGUUGUCUCGCUUUCGGGCUAAAAGUUUCUCUAAGGUUAGUUAUAAAGCUAGCUAGAACAGCUUGUCAACAUGUUUCGAAGAAAACUUACAGCUUUGGAUUACCAUAACCCCUCUGGGUUUGACUGUAAAGAUGAGACAGAGUUCAGGAAUUUCAUUGUGUGGCUGGAGGACCAGAAAAUCAGACACUACAAAAUUGAAGACCGGGGCAACCUGAGGAAUAUCCCCAGCUCGGGAUGGCCCAAGUCCUUUGAGCAGUAUCUUCAAGAUGUGAAUUGCCCAUUCACUGUCGAAGAGAGACAGGAGUCAGUGGACUGGUUGCUGGGUCUAGCCGUUCGGUUGGAAUAUGGUGACAAUGUUGAGAAGUACAAGAAUUGCCCGCCAGCCACAGCCACCGAGGCAGCGAAACCCUCGGAUCCCCUCAUCCAUCUGGACAGCAGCAACCCAGACUUUAAGGCUGGUGUCUUAGGCCUGGCUAGCCUGCUGAAGAUCCAGCGUCACGACGACUACCUGGUCAUGCUGAAGGCUAUAAGGAUCCUUAUCCAAGAGAGGCUGACUCCAGAAGCCAUAGCCAAGGCCAGCCAGUCUAAAGAGGGUCUCCCUGUGGCCUUGGACAAGCACAUCCUCGGCUUUGAUACCGGAGGAUUGCUUGGGUGGGUAUGGCCAUCACAUUGUGUCAAGAUCUGUUCCAGAUCUGUUGGAGACACAUCUGCGCAAAGGAAACAAGGCAUGGAACGUGUCAUUGUGGAGACUACAGUGGUUCUUCCUGUAAAAGUUGCAGUACACCUUGCGGGCUGCCGCAGAAUUCAGUGGCACGUUAUUUAAGUGUCAGCCAUUGUUGCAUUAAUGCUAGUUAGUGCUAGUUUGACCACCAGAGGGCUUCUUUGAGAAGCAUUUGACAGUCUAAUAUUGGCUAUACUAGAGAAUUUGAAACCUUUUUUGUAAGAACCAAGUAUAUGGGAUUUAUUUUAAGCAAUGUUGCUUAAUAUUAUGGUGUUUCCAUUCCAAGAAAAAUGAAACAUUCAGGGAAAAUGGUGCUGUACAACGUGAUUGGUCGGGAGUAGGUUACAGUACUAAGACUAAAAUUAUCCUAACAUUUCCACACCCUCAUUGUAGUCUAACCAAUAACCAAACAGAUAUUCAGUUAAAAAUCUAAUUGAUUUAUCAAGACCAUGCUUGUUGUCGAGCAGCACGUAACGUUGCUGAAAUAGUUCACCACGCGGGUAAGCUUUUGCUUCAAAUCCUAUUGCUUCUAUCUUCAAUAUGCUUUAAAUGCUACAAUGUCACAAAUAAUUUAACACACAAUUCUUAACUCUGAGAAGGAUAAUAGGAGGUGAUCUGCACUGCUUAUUAACUUCUUAUGGACGUCCCACCUGGCCAACAUCAAGCUACAGUAUUUUAAAUAUUUAACUUUCAUAAAAUCAAAGUGUAUAACAUAAAAAUAAAGCUUAACUUCUUGUUAA